CACUAAUGUAGCUGCCAGGUACAACGCACAAGCAAGCUUAGAGGAAGCAAGAGCGGAAGAGCCCCCUGUCUCCCGUCAGGUGAUAAAAGGAGGAGAUAACAAAGGAUGGCCGACGCGGUACUGGGUAGCGUGACAAACGCUCUCGAUAUUGUGUUCAAGAUCAAACAUGCUGUGGAUACAGUUAAACGGAAUGAAAAGGAAUGCCAAAAGAUCAAGAGGCGUGUGGAGAGGGUCGGGCACACGCUCUCGUUGUGCCAAAAGGACGCGGAGCUAAUGAACCCCGAGGGGAGCGGCACUGCACUGGAGGCGCUGCGUGAGAUCCUCGCCGAGGCGCUCGAGCUCGUCACAGACUGCCAGGAAGAGACCAACAUGUGUUGUCUCCUCAUAAAGGCCGGGGAGAUGUCCAAGCAGCUCAACCAGGUGGACCAGAGUAUAUCUUGUAUAAACUCCGAGGUGUCGCUUGCCAUCAUGGUCUGCAUUGCGCCGCGCACCAAGCCACUUAAUCUCUACCAAGUACCGGAUGGACAAGGCCGUUCGCUCCAAUUGGACAAACGAACACGGAGUGUACCACAUACAAUUUCUGAAGUUGCCGUUGAGAUAAAGGUAGCGUUGGAUAAAGUUCAGAGGAACAAGGCAGAGUGCAAUGAAAUUGAAAAGCGUGUGAAUGGAGUCAACACCCUCCUUUCACAGUUUGGAAAUACAGAACUCAUGAAGGACCCAUACAUGAGGGCUUCAAUAGAAAAGCUACAUACAACCUUUUGCAUUGCUCGCACACUCGUCAUGGAUUGUCAGAAAAGAAAUAUCAUUUUCAUCCGAUCUGGUUGGGAGUUGUCAAAACAGUUACAUGAGGUACUAGAGAAAAUUGAUCUUGCCCUUGAUGAGAUGAUCACCAUCAGUUCUGGCUAUGAAUGUAUAGUGUGACAAUGUGGCGUGCCCUCCAUCCUAGCCUCUCAAGUGCAAAAUUGAAGUAAAUGAUCAUGAUAAAAGGAUGGUGGCCAAACCGUGAAUCGACUAUGGAAUCCAAGAAUAGUGCAAUUUGUCUGAAUAAAGUUGGAUACUUGAUGGUUGUAUUAAACAUAUCAAUGACUACCUACUUUGGCAACCAAUAGUGGUUUCCAUUAGCCCGGUCAGGUUUUUUAUGAAGUUCAUAAUUAGGUCUCCAAGAUUUUAUGUCUGAAGAAAAAAUCGAGACACUCUAUGUCUAGUUUAUGCCCCAUCCAUAUAUUAUGGGGGGUUGUAUGAGAAUAAAGGAGUGCUUCUGUUUAUGUUAAUAUAUCUAUGACAAUGUUA